AUGGAGAUGUUCCGAAACCUCGAAAACCAGGAUGGAAUGAUACAGUACAUCGGAUGGUUUCGUAAUUUUGAACCGGACGCCGACGGCAUCCAGCAAACAUACUGGAACAUUGUUCUUGAACUGGCUGAGUUUGAUUUCUACACUGCCAUCAGAAUGGAGUCGCCUCCCACGUCUGUUGAAGAGAUAAGUGGUUUCUGGGCGGCAAUGUCAGAGAUAUCUGGAGCCCUGGCAUCUAUUCACACUGUGGUUAUUGACCAUAACAAAUAUCUGACUGAUGUUUGGUCUCUUGGCUGCGUACUGUCGAUUGCCGCAACCUAUGUGGUGUUGGGUACUCAAGGUGUACUCAUUUACAACCAACUUCGCCAACAGGCUAUCUUCAAUGCGACAACGAGCAAGAGCGAUGCAUUCCAUAACGGAACCAACGUCCUCCAAGAAGUCCUUUAUUGGCACCAGUAUCUCCGUGAAACAGCCCGAAAGAACGAUGCCUACUCAGGCAUUGUACUAGACAUGGUUGAUAAGCAUAUGCUGGUUGAUGGUGACAACAGAUGGUCAGCCAGCAAGGUCUUCGAAGAAUUCUCAAAAGUCAUGUCUAGUAUCAACGCGCCAAAGUCCGAAGUCCCACAAGAGCUUCAGCGCCUCCUGGAAAAUAUCGAUCUUCAGGUUGAGACUGAUUAUGAUCACCACUCGGGCAUCAAUAGAGCGCAUCCGGAAGACAUUUCGAAACGGAUUGUGCCUAUUCCGAGACCCAAGCUACCUCAGGCCAAUAUCGAAUUCGAAAGUCGCAACCAGCUCCUAGCGGAAAAGAUUCUCCCAGUUGCUCAGCGCUCACAGAAUCGGACUGGAUCUCCUUCACAGUCACGGAGCCAGUCUUUCAGCUUUGGUGCACUUUCUCAUGGAAGGAGGGACCAGCAAGAUUUCUCCGAUCCUCGAGCAAUCCUUCGACGUCAAGGUCAGGGAUCAGCUAUAGCCGACGCCCAGGAUGAUGACUGGGAUUCUUCGAACCAGCCCUCAUCCUUGCAUCAGAUUGAUAACACCAGAAAUGAGCCUGAUAGAGAGCCUAUGACUGUGUGGGUAGUACGAGCUGAACUCGAAAGAAGCGCCAUGAAGACAGAGACAUAG